AAGGAGGAGGAGGAGGCGGCGCGCGGCCUGGAGGAGGAGGAUGGAGGAGCAGCCAAGGGAGGGCGAGGCCGAGGUCGCGGAGCACUGGUUCUCCAAGUGGGAGCGCCAGUGCCUGGCGGAGGCCGAGCAGGAAGAGCAGCUGCCCCCCGAGCAGCAAGAGGCGGCGGCUGCUGAGGCGGCGGGGCUCAAGAGCGAGCAGCAAAGGCUGUGGCACCUCUUCCAGAUCUCGGCCACCGCCGUGGCCCAGCUCUACAAGGAUUCUGGGUGCCAACAGCCAGGACUCUCCAUGUGGGACCCUUUCCAGAACGCGGCCAUGGCCGUUACCAGCCUCUACAAGGAGAGCGGGGAUGCCCACCAACGAAGUUUUGACCUGGGCGUCCAGGUUGGCUACCAGCGUCGCAUCAAAGAUGUGCUGGAGUGGGUGAAGAAGGGCCGGAGCACCAUCCGUCGCGAAGACCUGAUUAGCUUCCUGUGCGGCAAAGUGCCCCCUGCUCCUCCCCAGCCACGCGCUCCCAGAACACCCCCGAAGCCGCCUGCUGGGGCACCCAGCCAAACUGCGGCCACUGAGUCCAGCUCAUCGGUGGACGUCGACCUGCAGCCCUUUCACGAGGCCAUCGCCCUGCACGGCCUCAACGGUGCCAUGGCCAGCAUCAGCGUGCGAUCAGGCGCCCCGGGCUCCCCUCCUCAAGACGGCAGCGUCGCCAGCAGUGGGCGCCGAAAAAGUAGCUUCUUCGAGGACGGCUUGAACCCCUUCGAAUCAGAAGAACUGGCCCUCCGUGUGGACAGUGGGGGUAACCGCAAGCGCACUUCGGCCCAGUGCACUGAUGGCACCACAGACUCCCCAACCCACAAGCGCAACCGAAUGGUCUAAACUGCCUCGUUGGUCACCAGUGGCCAUGUUGUUUGAGAGCUAACUUGACCUUCACCGUGCUUGUCCAAAGGAUACCGGAGACCAUCUUCCUUCCUUCUCUAAAUUAAACAAAGAUUUCUGUCAAAUUUGCCAUAAAGAAACUUUAAAAGUAUUCCAGAAGAGGCCUCAUAUGACUCUGACUUUCCAAAAAAAUAUAAUCCUAGCAGAGAACAUCAAAUGUCGUGUAGUAGUUAGCAAGAUCAUUCAAAGCAAAAGUAUCUGGUCAAGGCGGGAGCCCAGUUUAUCUUGUUCACAGUUAUAUUCCUUAGCACCUAGCACAGUUUCUGGUGCUCAAUAAAUGUUUGUUG